AUGGGCGACACGGAUCGAUCGUGGCUGUCAUCUGUGGCGCGAUCGGCUCUCCCGCCACCCCAAACGCACAAUGAAUGUGUGCUCGGUGGCACAUCGAUCGUGCCAGCCAAAGGUGCCACCAUUUUAUUGUACAAGUUACUGUACACUUGCGAGCGGCAGCUGCAGCAGUGGGAGACGGAGGAGGAGGAGGAGCAGGGGACGGUUCACACACCCGCCACCCCCAUACCCGCCACCCCGCAGUUGCACCCACACCCGCUACCCCCAUACCCUCCCCCACUGCUGCACCUGCAGCAGGGGAUGGAGGAGAAGGGGGAGGGGGGUGGGAGGGCGGGGGGGGGGCUGGUGCUGCAGAUCCCCUCCCCCCCAGUGCUGCACCCGCAGCAGGGGGAGAUCCCCUCCCCCCCACUGCUGCACCCGCAGCAGGGGGAGGUAGGAGAAGGGGCGGUGCAGGAGCCGCUCUGGCGACAGCAGAUCCCCUUCCCCCCCUCUGCUGCACCCGCAGCAGGGGGAGGUAGGAGAAGGGUGGGGGACCUGGUGCUGCAGAUCCCCUCCUGCCUCCCCCUGAACCUCCAAGCUUCCCCCCCCUCUCUUCCCGCCAUCCUCAUGGAGGGGGGGGAGGGGUGGGGGGGGGGUUCGGUGCUGCAGAUCCCCUUCCCCCCCUCUGCUGCACCCGCAGCAGGGGGAGGUACGGGGCCGGGCGCUGGGCAGGUACGGGGCCGGGCGCUGGGCAGGUACGGGGCCUGGCGCUGGGCAGGUACGGGGCCGGGCGCUGGGCAGGUACGGGGCCGGGCGCUGGGCAGGUACGGGGCCUGGCGCUGGGCAUGUACGGGGCCGGGCGCUGGGCAGGUACGGGGCCAGGCGCUGGGCAGGGACUGGGCCGGGCGCUGGGCAGGUGCGGGGCCGGGCGCUGGGCAGGUACGGGGCCGGGCGCUAGGCAGGUAUGGGGCCAAGCGCUGGGCAGGUACGGGGCCGGGCGCUGGGCAGGUACGGGGCCUGGCGCUGGGCAGGUACGGGGCCGGGGCGCGGGCUAAGUACGGGGCCGGGCGCGGGCGUUAUACGGGCCGGGCGCGGGCUAGGUACGGGGCCAGGUGCUGGCGAAGGGUCUGGGCCGGGCGCUGGGCAGGUGCGGGGCCGGGCGUUGGGCAGGUACGGGGCCGGGCGCUGGGCAGGUACGGGGCCAGGCGCUGGGCAGGUACGGGGCCGGGCGCUGGGCAGGUACGGGGCCGCGCGCUGGGCAGGUACGGGGCCGGGGCGCGGGCUAAGUAUGGGGCCAGGCGCGGGCGUUAUACGGGCCGGGCGCGGGCUAGGUACGGGGCCAGGCGCUGGCGACAGACGGGGCCGGGCGCUGGCUAG